CGAACUCUGACCUUUCACAGGGGCACGGCGCAAAACCAAAACAAACCCCCCCACUAACAAAUAACACUACCCGAGCCCCCCACCUCCCCCCCGCCCUCUCGGGCCCGUCGCCCAGCACCGCUGCCCAACAGGCCCGGUUGGACCCGGGUCACCGUCGGGGCACGUUUGGCGCCAAAGCCUGAGGUUCUCUAAUGAUCUUGCUUCACCAUGGCAACCAAUAUGGAGGUGCUGGCUCAGCAGAUAGUGGAGACACAGCAGGUGGCUGAGGUACAGACAGUUCAGACAUCAUUAUCUGACUCUCCAGUGAUGACCAGCCCCUCUCAACGCAUCCAAAUUAUCUCUACAGACUCUUCUGUAGCUUCACCACAGCGCAUUCAGAUUGUGACAGAUCAGCAAACAGGACAGAAAAUCCAGAUAGUUACAGCAGUGGACUCAUCAGUGUCUCCGAAGCAACAGUUUAUCUUGACCAGUCCAGAUGGAACUGGAACAGGAAAGGUGAUAUUGGCAGCACCUGAAACAUCUAAUGCCAAGCAACUUAUCUUUACUACCACUGACAACAUUGUACCAGGCAGAAUUCAGAUUGUGACAGACUCUGCUUCAGUGGAACGUUUGUUGGGUAAAGCUGAUGUCCAGCGACCACAAGUAGUAGAAUAUUGUGUUGUUUGUGGAGAUAAAGCGUCAGGUCGUCACUAUGGUGCUGUCAGUUGCGAGGGAUGCAAAGGUUUCUUUAAAAGGAGUGUAAGAAAGAAUUUGACCUACAGUUGUCGUAGCAACCAGGACUGUAUCAUCAAUAAACACCAUCGGAAUCGUUGCCAGUUUUGUAGGCUUAAGAAAUGCCUAGAGAUGGGCAUGAAAAUGGAAUCGGUUCAGAGUGAAAGAAAGCCCUUUGAUGUGCAACGGGAGAAACCAACCAACUGUGCAGCUUCAACUGAAAAAAUCUAUAUCAGGAAAGACCUAAGAAGCCCUCUCAUAGCAACACCAACAUUUGUAGCAGAUAAAGAUGGUGCCCGGUCAACAGGUCUUCUUGAUCCAGGAAUGCUUGUGAAUAUUCAGCAGCCAUUGAUACGGGAUGAUGGUACAGUCCUGCUAGCUACAGACUCCAAGGCUGAGACAAGUCAGGGUGCUUUAGGAACACUGGCAAAUGUUGUAACAUCCCUUGCCAGCCUCAGUGAGUCAAUUAAUAAUGGAGAUACUUCUGAAAUCCAACAAGAGGAUCAAUCUGCAAGCGAGAUCACUCGGGCAUUUGAUACUUUAGCUAAAGCACUUAAUACCACAGAUGGCACAGUAGCUCAGAACUUGGCAGAUGGGAUGGAUCCUACAGGAGGAGGGAAUAUUCACGUAAUCAGCAGAGAUCAGUCAACACCAAUCAUUGAAGUGGAAGGACCCCUGCUUACAGAUACACAUGUCACAUUUAAGCUAACAAUGCCUAGUCCAAUGCCAGAAUACCUUAAUGUACAUUACAUCUGUGAGUCGGCAUCACGACUGCUUUUCCUCUCAAUGCACUGGGCUAGAUCCAUCCCUGCUUUUCAAGCACUUGGACAGGACUGUAACACAAGCCUAGUUCGUGCCUGCUGGAAUGAGCUAUUUACCUUAGGCCUAGCACAAUGUGCCCAGGUGAUGAGCCUAUCUACUAUCCUAGCAGCUAUCGUCAACCACCUGCAGAACAGCAUACAGGAAGAAGUAGAAGAACCAGACGUAUAUGUAGCCAGAAAAUUACAGAAUACUACAUAUGUCAUGAAACUAGCAAGGAUUAGUACCAGGAUGAAGCUGAAAAGUUUGAUACGUGAUAAGCUUUCCGGAGACAGAAUAAAGCAAGUCAUGGAACACAUCUGGAAACUUCAGGAGUUCUGUAACAGCAUGGCCAAGCUUGAUAUUGAUGGAUAUGAAUAUGCAUACCUUAAAGCUAUAGUCCUCUUUAGCCCUGAUCACCCUGGUCUGACAAGUUCAAGCCAAAUAGAAAAAUUCCAAGAGAAGGCACAGAUGGAGUUGCAAGACUAUGUCCAAAAAACCUAUCCGGAAGAUACUUAUAGGUUAGCCCGGAUUCUAGUUCGCCUGCCAGCACUUAGACUGAUGAGCUCUAGUAUUACAGAGGAACUUUUUUUUACUGGCCUCAUAGGAAAUGUUCCUAUUGACAGCAUAAUCCCAUACAUCCUCAAAAUGGAAACAGCAGAGUAUAAUGGUCAAAUAACUGGCACGUCUGCAUAGUCGGAACAAUGCAUCUUGAUGGAUCAAAGUAAUUUUAGUUAAACAAGUAACUACACAAUUAAGAGAAAUAAGUUGAAAAAAAAUGACAUUUUGGUAUGUACAAAUAUUUCCAACAUGUUACCUGUUUCCUACCAGACUGCUCCUUGACUAUUUAUUUCCAGUGACAAAGUAUAAAAAGCUAUUAAAACACCUCCAGCUAGGACCCUUUUCUGCCACAAGGAGUGUUUUGAUGCCUUUCAUUCAAAAGGCUGUAGAUUACUGAAUAUACUUUUAACAUGCUUUGUAUUUAGAAAUUAUCAAUGGGCAAAAAUAGAGUUUUAUAAUGUCAGAGAUUAGUAUUAAAAAUUGCUAAAAGAAGAACAGUAUGUAUAUAUUUAAAUUUUUCCUUGGAAUUAAUAUCUAAUAAUUACCAGGGUAUAAUGAUGAUAGCACUUUCUAAGCACUUCUUCUCAAAGCGAUAAUGUCAUCAAUAUUUUACUUAUGAGCAUUGCAAAUGGAAAAUUGCAUAUGUUUUUGGUCAAAAUGCUAGUAAUUUCUGUGAAGGCUAUAGGAGACAAUCAUUUAUACUACAAAAAAUUGCUAUUAAUAAUGUUAUGCAUUUAAUGGUAAAGUGGAAAUUUAAAGCAAAUUUCUACACUGUUAGCACUAAACUCUGCUAAAUUAGUGAAAAUGAGGUUUAUUUGACAUAAUUAUAAUAACUAUAGUAUAAUUAGCAGCAUUAAUAAAUGCUACAGAAAUUGCCCAAAUUGGAAGGCAGAAUACCAAUUUCUUGCCAUAGUAAUAAUGAAACUUUCAGAUUCCUGAAAGUUUCAAUUCCAGCCUGGCAUAGAUGUUUACACAGUCAUGAUAGAUGUUAUUCCAACAGGAUGACUUUUGGUUGUGGGGGAAAUCAAUCAUGGGGGAAAGCAGUCAUUAACUGGCAGGGAAGCAAUCCUUUCAGAUAAAGUCAUGCACUCCUAGGCUCUGUGUAUACUUUUUAUAUUUCCAAAUUCAUUCCUUCUGUCUGCAGCCAUAAAUGACCCUCACCAUCCUAGGAGCCAAAGGGGAUGAUUGUGACUUUGUUAGAGCCCAUAAUGCUGCUGUCAGCUAAGGGAUAAGUGCAGAAUAUGAGAUUCUCUUCCUUUCCCAGGGACUGAGCAUCCUGUCUUUGCAGUGCUCCCAACCCCGUUCUGACCCAGUUCUAAAUUGGAGUGUCAGCUGGGUUUUUUAUAUUCAUUCAUGUGCAGUUACAGUUAAUGAUGAUUGUUUGGAGUUAGAAUACUAACAAUCUUUGUUUUUAUCUUGGGUAGUAACCUAUCAAGUUGUUUUAUAGGAUUCACCUGUUCCUGAUAAUAUUGCAUUUAUUUUAGUAUAAUUUAUUAAUAUUAACACUGAAUAUUUUAAACAAUCAAAAUUCAUAAAAAAGCAUUUUGUCAGAAGAGUUAUAGCUGCAUUAAGCUGAUUCUUGCUUAUUACAUACAUUCAUUAAUUACUUUAAUGAAUUUACAUGGCAGUGUCAUUUUCUACUUGUGUGUGAUAAAAAUAUAAAUAAUGAAUUCAGCACUUUUUUGUUUCUGGUAUUGGCAUUGAUUUAGAAACAUUCCAGCAGGCUAGGUUUUUGUCUCUAAAGGGUCUGAACUAUAGCCAAAGGAUUUUGAGCAACUCCUUGCUAAUGUAUUAGUAAGUCCUGUCUUGGUACAAUUCACCCUUAUUGUAAGGCUCUCAUUUGUAACACUCAUUCUGAUAAGUGAGGCUAUGUAAUUUUAGCUCCUAGGUACAUUAAACUCAAAUAGCAUCUCCAUCUUUAUAAAGUUCAGAAAUCUUGGUUCUCAAGAAGAGUGGUAUAGACAGAGUACAAUGUAAAGGCAGACAUCUGCAAUACUGCAACAUCUUCUUCCUAGGCUUUUAUUAUAGUAAAUUAAGUUUGUCAUUUCUUUAAAAGUGACAAGAGGCCCUAUAUUUUGAACGUCCUUAGGUCAACUGGAAUGCAAACCUAAGCCUUACCAUUAUAUUAUAGUGUCACUAGUUAUAGGGUUGUGUCAGCACUUCUGAUAUAAAACCCCUGUUUUAAUGGUUUACUACCUGGCCUUAGAAAUUAGUUGUGGCCUGAAUUUUAACAUACAAGGUACUUGCCUUGGAAACAGAAUUUCAAAGAAAAGUUAUGGCCAUUUUUGUGCAAAAGUGAAUGUUAAAGGUUUACUGUUUUGCUUGUUUAUUUAAAAAUAUAGAGUGCACGUUGAACUGUUUUUUGGGGGGGGGAGCUAAUGGCAAAAGAUUAGCAGGUGAUAUUUAAUCACUUGUAUAGUAAAAAUAAUUAAAACAGUCAAGUAAGCAUUUUAAAGGAGUGUGAAAUAUUCAUAAACAAAAAGUAUAGUAAACCACUGUAAAUCAACAUUUUUCCAAAUUUUAUUAUAAACUUGAGACCGUUUUAAUGAAAAAUGUUGUUGGACAUGUACAUUUCUCAAGUAAAGGGUCUCAUUUGCUGGUAAAGAUGAGCCCAGGCUUGAGUAAAAAUGGCUUCUCUGUUGAAAAUGUGCAAAAAAUUGUGUUUGUUUUUUCAUUGUGAAAAUAGCCAUUUUGAAAAAGGAAACCCACAUAAAACUAAGCUGUGGAGUAAAAUCACAUGAAACUGCUAACAUUUAUGCAUAAAAUUUCAUAAAUAAAAAAUGAUGAAUUUUUGCACAGCUCUGUUAACAUGUAUAGAAUGCAUCCUACAAACAUAGGACUAUACUGUUCGUACCUUAUUCUGCAAGUAGUUUCAUGGACUUCAGGAAGACUUUAUGUAGAGUAAAAUGCUACUGAGUGUGAGUAUGGGUAUUGCAAUCGAGCCCAUACUUAGGAUUUAUUUUUUUAAAGUGUAAAUGUACUUAAUGGAUAGAGUGAAGCAGUUCCAUAAUUACACUUUUAUUUUAAAACCCUCAAAUUACCACCUUUAAACUAUGAAGACUCUGUUCGUGUAGCAUCAUUGACAUGGUUUGUCAGAGCCGAGCUAACGUAGCUCCCAUGUCAUUAAUAAAAAAGAAUGUUUUCUAUAAUCAUAUGUUGUUUUGAUUUUAACACAAACAGUUUAGAUGGUAGAAAUUUGGACAGCAGAUGGUGGAUCCCACAGUUUAGGAGAUAUUCAGGGUCUCAGCUAAUUGAAUACAAGUUAUAGAUAAUAGGAAAAGUGUGGAUAAUAAGCUUCAUGCUUCUUUUUCACAUGCUGCUCAAGAGCUACCAUUAACACUGAGCCAAUGAAUUGGUAUGCUGGAGAGAGAGAGAGAUGCUGUAAAAGAGGCACUUAAAAUAUUAUUGUCCUAUUUAAAAUUAUAGGCCAAACUCUAUUGUGGUAUGGCUUUUUUGCACCAAACCACUGAGGUCAUCUAGCUGUGGAGCCAUCUUAACUGGCUCCAGAAGGACCAUCCUAAUAUAAGGCUGAUCUACCGGAGGGAUGGAGCUGAUUUAGGGGUUCUUGUGCCAUUCCAGCCACCUGUGACUGGGAUAGCAAGGGAAAAAGGCAUGUCUGGGGAAAAUGGAGCAUGUCCAAGUUGCUCCUGCAUUAUGCUAAUCAUUGGCUGUCUUUUCAGUUCCUUGUGGCCAUUGCAACUCACGUGCUGUUUCAACAUAGCACAGGGGGAAUGGCCUGCACACAGCAGCUCCCAAGAUCAUAGGAGUGCAAAGGUGAGCUUUCCGUCAUCUUUGCACACCACUGACCAACACUCUUCACAGUUAGGCUGCCACAUAGGACCUGAUUCCAUAUGUUCAAAUAGUAAUUUCCUUGCCUAUGUUACUAAUAAUGCAUGUGAUUCUUAAAACUGAAAGCGUAUUGCAAGUGUAAAUUAUUUUCUGCCAUUUAUUGGCUUGUUUGUGUACUCUUUCUAUUUCUUAAGGAUUGGACAAUGAGAAUAGACUAGUCUGGUUCACUUUGGUUUCUAGUCAAUUGCGCUUUAAGUUUCUCCUCUCUAAGCACAAGACUGCACUUUUGUAUUGUAAAUAUAGAUUGGGAAUAUUUUUGUUUGUUUUUCUUUUGAAAUAGCAACAACAGAAUUAUUGGAAAUAUUUGUGUUGGUCUUAAACUUGGUAAAAACUUACUUUUACAAACUUUUUCGCUCUGAUGAUUUCCCAAUGUUGCAAAACCCAUAAGGGUCCUAAGCUGCACAAGGGGCUAACCAACCCCUAGCAUGUCCUUAUUAUGAGAUGUUUUUUCUUUGGUAGAGGUUGUGUAAUGCUGAAAACUGCACCCUUUUCAUUGUCAGGUGUAUCGAAUGGGGUUGUUGAAAUGAUGUUAGGAAACACUGAACAUUUUCAGAAUAUUCUCCCACCUCAACCUCUAUAUGGGAAGGAGUGGUAAUUAGGAUCUUUCCCUGACUGACUGACAUUUUUAAGUAGGGAAGAAUUUUAAAAGCACUACCUAGCUUAAAGAACUGACUGACAAUGCCCCUGUGAAUGGAUUUCAGCCAGGAAGAGGGGGGCCUGUCUGUCUAAAGAGUCACCUAUAGCAAGUGGAGAUCAGAAAAGCCCUUCUGCAAUAGCAAAAGAGAUGGGGCACCCAAUCCAUAUCAGACAAUUCAGGAGUUAGCAUUGGUAUGUGUACACACACGCUUCAAGCAAACCUUUUAACACACUAGAUUCUCAGAACUGUGCUGACAUCACUGCCAUUCUCACUUACAUUUAAGGCACCACUGACAUAAACAAGAAAUUAACAGAUAUCAUAGUUCCAAUCAUGGCCUCAGCUGCUCACUGCUGGUAUUGUGGGAUGUCUGCCCAUACACAGGGAGACAGCUAAAUACAUGCCAUAACAAUACUGCCCCAAGGCUUAAAAUGCAGAUUUAUCAGCAAGUAUUUGCAGGUUCAAAUCUCCCUAUAGGUAAAGGAUUUUCUUUUUAAUUUUGUUUUAUUUUCCUUAAUUUGAUUUGACAUUUUUCUCUUUCAAUCCUUAUCUGGAAAAUUUAAAAAAGGGUGUGUGGGUUUGUUUUUUCUUCCACCUCUCUUACCCUUGAAAAAGCAGAGAGAUGGGAAGAAAAGCACCAAGUAGCCUCAGGUACAUCUCUGAAUUUAGUUCCAGGAGUGCACCAGACCCACCUGAUAGCAGCAGCACUGCAGCUAUCAUGGUUGGCUCCCUGUGUAAGCAUAGACUUACACAGCAUAGCAGAGAACAUCUGCGGUCACAAUACAUCUUUGUACACAGAUAGAGCCAGCAAAAGAAGCUAUGUUGGCUUCUACUUCAUACAAAACGGGAGAGGGGGAAGGUCAGAGUUACCAGAUACAGAAAGAUAAACUGAGUAAUAAUAGAAAUGUUACUUUCAAAUUUGCAAGAGGGCCUUAUAAAGAUCGAGGAGUGAAAAAUCAACAACUAUUUUAAAAAUUUGUUUGACAUUCCCCCUUUAAUUCUGAAAUUGCUGUGUCAAUUGAAAGGUGUCUUUUAUAGGACUGUCAAGCCCCUUAGAAAUAAGGCUACGUUUGUUUGUUUUUUUACUAAGGAUGCCCUAAUCCCCUUUUUAGCCUGUGUGAUAUAAACCCACCUUAAUGGUUAUCAGUAUUAAAUGUGAAAUUAUUUUGUAAACAUUUAAAAUGUUAGCCUUAAUGAAGAUGGAAGUUAAAAUGGAAUACACAUACAAAAUUUUUAAAAAGUCAAAUAUAUUGGAAUUGGAAAGCACUAUUGCCUAUAAUUUCCUUAUUGUAGGGCUCUCUAUUUAUUGUGAAAUCUGUACUGUAUUUAUCAUAGAAAAUAUCCAUGUCAGUAUAUCACAGUGUUCCAUAUUUCCCAAUGUCUAACUUACUAUUUGGGUUAUGUGAAGGCUUUGAAAAUGGAUUACUGUGAUCUUUAAAUUCAUGAUUUUCCUCCCCCAUUUUUUUAAUAUAGUUUUUUAAAAUAUUUCUUUGUGCCUUCUACCAUUGUAUAUUUCUGCAUGUUUAGUAAUAGAGCUCAUUCAUGUAGCUAAUGCAUAUGUACAUAGCUGUAUGUAUGUGUGUUUGAAUGUAUUCAUAUCUAGCUCUGUGUAAUAUAUUAUGUACAGUGUAUAUAAAGUGUGUAUGUAUAUGUACAUAUAUGUAGCCAUGUAUUCAUACAUUUUUAUAUGUUAAAAGAAAGUUUAUGAUUGGGUUGCUAAUCAGGGCCUUCCUAAUUUUAAUUUCUUGGUCCAGACUUGGCCCUGCCGUAAGCAGGAUCAUCUCCCUUAACUUCAGUAGAGUUCUACCUGUUUCUAAACCAAGGCUGAAUUUGACACUUUGUCCGCAGUGCUUUUUAAAAAAAUCUGUCAUUUGAGGUUUUCACGUUAUUUUCUCAGCCUUUUCUGAUGGCUGGUAGGAGCCAUCCAAUUGAGAGUUAGUAGAAUCUACAAUUCCCAAGGGAAAACAUAAAAUAAAAAUAGUAAAUAUUCCCUUAUAUUCUUGAUAGAUGCAGUGGGGCUUUUUCUAGCCCUCUGAGAGAGGUCUAUUUGUAAAGUUUUAAAGUGAUUACUUUAAGUCUCCAUUAGUGGCUAAUUAGAAGAAAGGCUGCCAUAUAUCUUUGAACUAUACUCCCCAGAAUAAAGUAAAAGGCAGAAUGCAAUGCAUGGUGCAAUAAAUGUCAUUUCUAAAAUCUUCAACAACAAGACCAUAACAGUCAUGUCAUACAGUUUAAGACCAGAAGGGAUCAUCAGAUCAUCUAGUCUGACCUACUGUAUGUCACAGGCCAACAACAUCAUCCAGCACCCGCACACUAAAUCCAACAACCGAAAUUAGACCAAAGCAUUACAGCCCACAGGAAACUAAACUAUCGUGUAUCAUAGGCAAAUAGGAGGGAGUAAGGUGCACAAGUGCCUGAGGCCCCUGCAGUGGCAGGGAAAUGAUUUAGUGAGAUAUACACAGAUAAUCCUGGCAAGCAAUGUGCAUCCGCAUGCCACAGAAGGAGGCAAAGAAACCCAGAGGUCACUGCCAGUCUGUCCUGGGGGGAAAUUCCUUCCUGAUCCCACCUAUGGCAAUCAAUUAGACCCCGAGCACCUGAGACAGAGAUGAUCAGUGCCUCCUCAGAGCCCUGACCCACCCUGCCCAAUGUCCCAUCUCCAGCCAUGGCCAUCCCGGAUGCUUCAGAGGAAAGACAUUAAAAAAGCCACCCAGAAUACAUUGUGGGACGGAAUCCCCUCCUGGUCUCUGCAGGUGGGUAGCUGAAAUCCUGAAGCAUGAGAUUUUAGGAACAUGAGACAUAAACUGGAAAUGAGCUCCAGGGCUACUGAGUCCUGCCCCCUACCAUCAGAAGCAACCCUGAAGCUGCACUCAACAAUUUGUCCAGUUCUCUCUUAAAACCAAUUAAGUUGUUUGCCCCCACAACUCAUAUUGGAAGGAUGUUCCAGAGCCUCACCCCACUGAUGGUUAGAAACUUUCUUCUAAUUUCUAGCCCAAAUUUGUUCAGGGCCAGUUUAUGUCAAUUUUUUCUAGUGCCAACAUUGUUCAUGAGCUUAAAUAGGUCUUCACCGCCCACCCCCCUGCCAGAAUUAACUGCCUUAAUGUAUUUAUGGGAAGUAAUCAUAUUCCAGUCUUUUCUCAUAAGAGAGGCCCUCCAUUCCUCUGAUCAUCCUAGUAGCUCUUCUCUGUAGCAGUUUGAACUUAUAAUUAAUCAUUUUUUAACCUGGGUGACCAGAAUUGUACACAAUAUUCCAAAGGAGGCCUUACCAGUGCCUUGUACACUAGUAUAAAUACGUCUCUAGUUCUACUGGAAAUGCUUCGCCUGAUACAUCCUAGGAUUGCAUUUGCCUUUUGCACAGCAAUAUCACAUUGGUGGCUCACAGUCAUCCUUUGAUCAGCCCACACACUCAUGUCUCACACUUCCUCUGUCGCUUACAACUGAUGAGCUCUUAGCUUGUUGCAGAAAUUCUUAUCAUUAGUUGUCCCUAAGUGCAUGACAUUGCAUUUUGUAUUAUUGAAUUUCAUCCCAUUUCUGUCACUCCAGUCCUCCAGGUCAUCCGGAUCUUCCUGUACAAUAUUCCGAUCCUCCUCUGCAUUGACAAUGCCUCCCACCUUUGUGGUGUAAAAUGUCCAUUUUUUUAAUAAUCAGUAUGCUAAAUUAUCCGAUUAUAUGGAAAUUUAAAUUAGAGUAAGCCCCAGAAUUAGACUACAUUCCUCUACACUGUAUUCCUUGUUUCUAUCGCAGAAGGGCUGAGAGGAGUGUGCUGAAACAGUCCUCUCACAUGCUCUAUUUCUAUAAAAAUAGAGAUCAGUGGAAACCAGACUGAAGAAAAUGAUCAGUCAGAGAUAGGUAAGGGAACAAAAUUGUCCAUAUGAGAUUCAGUUUUUAAUGUUUUCUUCAAUAGUUUAAAAAAUAAAACAACUUCAGUUAGCUAUGCAAGUAACAUCCAGUUAUGGAAAUUAAAUGCUCAGAAAACUGAACAAUUAUAUUAUUACUGAUAAAAACAUGAGAAGCACUGAACUCUAUCACAAAGAAUUUCUGAAAUUCAUUUUGUUCUGAGGUUAAUGUAAUUAUUUUUACACAAGACUUUUUAUGUAAAUCCAAGAAGCAGCAAAGAAUCCUGUGGCACCUUAUAGACUAACAGACGUUUUGCAGCAUGAGCUU